AUUGUGAGCGAGAUUCACAUCGUUUUUUGGCUCCGAAAACAUGUUGGCAGCAACACUCUCUUUCCCUUGUUACGCAAAGCCCGCACGUCCUACAAUCAGGAAUUCUCUAACGAAUUCCUCUAACCGCAACUCUCUGAAGCUCAGAGCUUCUCUCUUUGACUAUCCCCUUGCAAGCAGAAUCAUGGUUAGAAAUUUACCAUAUUCAACCAGUGAAAGUAAUUUGCGACAGGAAUUUUCAAAUUUUGGCGAGAUAGCUGAAGUGAAGCUAGAAAAGAAUGGAGCCAGAAAGUGGUCAAAGGGGUAUGCAUUUAUUCAGUAUACUUGUCAAGAAGAUGCCAUGCUAGCCCUAGAAAAUAUGGAUUACAAGAAAUUUGAUGGCAGGGUGAUUUACGUAGAGCUGGCGAAGCCUGGGGGCAAUGCCUUUGGAGGAUGCCCAAAAACCUCUGGACCGCCAAAGGUGCGGCAGAAUUUGCAGGAAGAAGAUGAGGUGCCAGAUUGCUGGUACUAACCAAUUUGUCAAAUAUGAUCGGUUUAACGGAUAGCGUUCUUCCUAUUUAUGUGGGCUAUUUAUCUUUUCAAUAUUGGUUUGGGGUGUUACAAGGCAUUACUUCUAAUAUCAUUUGUAACGAUCUAGGAAAAGUGUUAACUAUAUUUAUGUUAUCAUCUUAAAAGGACUAGUCAAUUUAGUAC